ACUAGCGGGUUUCAUUCAAUGUCCUAUCAAUAAGAUGUUUGCAGAAGUCAAUGUGCUUGCUUCUAAACAACCCCAAAUUAAUAUGAUUUUCAGUCACAUUAAUUUCUAUAAUACAUCUGUGUGUGGAACACCCUUAUGGAACUUUUUGGAUUAACUAUGAAAUAUAUACUAUUCUUUAAAAGAAGUUAAAUAUGGUAUUUUGCACUACAUAAAGCAUUUUAGAAAGCGUCUAUGUUAUAAACACCUAGCCUCUAGCCUCAAAAUUACACAAAAUAUAAAUUAAUCUUUAUUAAAGGUAAAAAAAAACACAUAAAAAGUACAUAAAAUAUAUAACAUAAAGGCGCUAUGAUGCACACAUAGAAAAAUGUGAAUGGGGUAUCAUGGCUGGCAAAAACGUAACGUAAACCCACCAGAGCCUCAUAUUAUUAAAGGCAGAUAAGAAAGUUCUGCAUCAUCAGGUCCAAACACAACACUGAGAUACAGGACACAAAAAUAAUUCACUCCAUUACCAUGAGAUGGUUUACCUGUCCGGUGCAAUGUCUUCCCACCACAUAUGUACCCCAACUUCCUAGUCCUGCACCAGGACCUGCACCCAGCUCAGCAUUACUGUGCAGAGUAUGUGGGGACAGUAGCAGCGGAAAACACUAUGGCAUCUUUGCUUGCAAUGGUUGCAGUGGAUUCUUCAAAAGAAGUGUUCGCCGAAAACUUAUCUACCGAUGUCAGGCUGGAACAGGAAUGUGCCCUGUUGAUAAAGCUCACAGAAAUCAGUGCCAGGCUUGCCGGCUAAAGAAAUGUCUUCAAACUGGGAUGAAUAAAGAUGCAGUCCAAAAUGAGCGUCAGCCUCGCAGUACAGCUCAGAUUCGCUUAGACAGUAUUGACUUGGACACAGAGAGCCACUCCGAGCACUUGGCUACAACUCGAGAGCCUCCUCCACCAUGCCCACAGGGAAACAACUUAAGGACCCCAGUUCCGAAUUCAGUUCCAGGGGCUCUAAGUCCCCCCCACAAUCAUAGAUUUAUGGCCAGCCUGAUGACAGCAGAAACAUGCGCCAAGCUUGAACCAGAAGAAGCCGAUGAGAAUAUUGAUGUUACAAGUAAUGAACCCGAGCAAACACCAAGUGACUUUCAGAUGUCUACAUUUAUCACAUCCAGUCCAGAGGGGGUGUACGAAACCUCUGCUCGGCUUCUCUUUAUGGCAGUAAAGUGGGCCAAGAACCUCCCAGUCUUCUCUAACCUUCCCUUCAGGGACCAAGUCAUCCUGCUUGAGGAAGCAUGGAGUGAGCUGUUCUUGUUGUGUGCUAUCCAAUGGUCAAUGCCCCUUGAAAGCUGUCCCUUGUUGUCUGUGCCUGACCUCUCUUCCAAUGUCCAUGGGAAAUCCAUCUCCUCCAGUGUGGAUGUUCGAGUCCUUCAAGAGACCAUCAGUCGAUUUAAAUCACUCAAUGUUGACCCAACAGAGUUUGCUUGCAUGAAGGCAGUGCUCCUCUUUAAGCCAGAGACAAGAGGCUUAAAAGACCCUGAACAAGUAGAAAACCUGCAAGACCAAUCUCAAAUGAUGUUGGCUCAACAUACAAGAAGUCAUUAUCCGACCCAGCCUGUGAGGUUUGGAAAACUACUUCUCCUUUCUCCAUCGCUCAGAUUUAUCUCCUCUGAACGCAUUGAGCUGCUGUUUUUCCACCGUACUAUUGGGAACACUCCUAUGGAAAAACUGCUCUGUGACAUGUUUAAAAAUUAAAUAUGUGAUGACACAUUUGUUGGAGAAUAAAAGGCUACUAAUGUAGUAGUAAGCUACAAGGGCACUGCACAGUGCUGGAUGAGAAAGAUGCAAGAAAAAUGACCUCUGAGUGUUAAUGGUACUUGAGCAGAGCAAUGCAAUCCCCCCCCAGGCACAGGCUGUGACCCCGCCAUAUUACAAUACUUUCUGCAUCCAGACAGAGGUCAUGUAGGAGAGAAGCUCAGAGUAGGCACUAGAGAUGAGUGAACUUUCAGUAAUUUGAUUAGUCAGGAACUUCUCGGCUCGGCAGUUGCUGACUUUAGCCUGCAUGAAUGAGUUCAGCUUUCAGGUGCUCCGGGGGGCUGGAGACUCUCUCCUAGGACUGUAUCCACCUUCUCCAGCCCACCGGAGCACCUGAAAGCUGAACUAAUUUAUGCAGGCUAAAGUCAGCAACUGCCGAGGCGAGAAGUUUGUGACAAAUCGAAUCACUGUAACUUCGCUCAUCUCUAGUAGGCACCAUCAAUAUCAGAUGACAUAUGGGCUAUAUUCCCUGUGCCAGACUGAGGAAGAAAAAUGUAACCUGGUCACUACAUGAAAUAUUAGUGAUACUAUUGUAACUCAGAUUUCUUAAUGUAUAUUCUAAAGUGACAGUCCCAGAUGUGUAAUUGCUUUGACUCUAGGUAGAGUAACUGUUAUUAAGACAUAGGACUGAGAUGAUGAUAUAUGUGCUUCACUGUCCAAACAUCCAUAUGUGUCUUAUCUUACAAUUUGGGAAAUAUUGAUGAUGUUAAGCUUAAACAUGUGUAUUUGUUUUACAGCUUCUAUUAUAAAUGCAUUUAAAAUGUUAAACAUUACUAUGUGCCAAACAGGAAUGUAAAAUCAACAAGGUAUCAGUCAUUUUCAGUAGUAAAGCGUAAAAAAGGCUACUCCCCAAAAAUAUGCUACAGCACAUAAAGCUGGGUAAAAUGAAACCUAAGGCUUGAGUCACUCAAAAAAAAACAUUCAGAAGUAACUCUAAAUUAUAUAGCAAAAUAUUAGGAAGUCUGCAUGCACAGAGGCCCCGAUUUACUAAAAAUGAAUUCUUUGACAGCGUAAACCUAGAUUCAAGAAUGCAUUACAUUUAUCACAGUGGUUUAGGCUGCUCGAUAAAUUGAUCAUAACAUUUUAAACUGUCUAGUCUCAGUUUAGACUAUUAAUUGACCUAAAGAGUAGGACCUUGUGGUUCUCCACCUCCCACGUUCAGACACUUAUCCCCUAUCCUGUGGAUGUACUUACGUACCCCCUUUAAAAACAACCCCUAUUCAUGCAUUGUGUAUGGGAGAACCAGAGAUACCCGGGUAUCUCUAGAACUAAACAAUAAAUGGAGUGUGUGCAGGUAGUGGGGCCCUGCAGUCAGAUCUUAAACACAUAUCCCCUUUCCACAAGAUAAGGGGAUAUGUGUUUAAGUACUGAAAAAAACCUUUAUACUACACCAUUGUGGGCUAUUUUUUUAUAUGUGGAGGGACAUAUUAAGCCAUGUUCUCUGAAGAAACGUACCAGUUGGCCAAGGGCUCCACUGUGGUAUAAGGUUGCUUGUAAGUCACUGUAAAAAUGCAGGUUUAUUGGAAUGUUACCUUCUGUGCCCAGGCUUGGUAAUAAAAUAAAGCUUAUACUUAUCUUUCUUGCUCCCCGCAAGGCUCUGGUAUCAGGGCGUCCCGUCCGCUUCUCAAAGCUGCAGAUCAUAGCGUCUGCAGCUGACAUAACUCACAGUACCACUCUGCCCAUUACUGGCCGCAGAAAUGUCUUGCCUCAGUCAGUUAUCAUAUAUAAUCAUGGUUCUGGGGCAGGGGGAAAAUAGAAAAAAUAUAUAUACUUACCUAGCCCUGGUCCCCCACAGCUCUUAUUCACCUUCAUCUGAUCCUGCGAUCUUCUCUCUUCUUCCUGCUUCUAUGAUGAGCGCACGGUGCUGGACCUCCCCACUCAGACAAUAACUGGCUGAGACAGGACACCGCUGCAGUAAGAAGAGACAAGAUGAGGGGACCACACAAAGGCUAAUAGAAGCUGUGGGGAAUGGAUAUAGGUUAGUAUUCCUCCCCCCCCCACACAAUUUUAGUAUUUUUACAGUGUCAUUUUAAAAUUCACUGGAAAGCCCCUUCAACACCAAGCCAGGCAGACAAAGAUUUAUCAGAAGGUAUAGAAAAACCCAUAAGCCUUUUUUGAAACAAGGAAAUACCAGAGGAAAGAGAUUGCAUGGAAGAGCAGUCAGAAAAAUCAACAAAACAGCCGAUUAUAUCUUAACAGCACAUAGAAAAGACACAAAAAUGGAAACAAAAUGAUUUGGAGUGAAAAAUCAAACCUUAUGGUCACAAACAUAAAUGUUACAUCCAAAUGUUACAUACGUCCUUUGAAGAGACCGACGCUCCAGCAUGGAGGAGGAUCGCUGCUGUUUUAGGGUGUGCAAGUUACAGCGGAACAGUAAAAUAUAAUAAAAAAUUAUGGCAAGAUGAAUGUAGCAGACAUUAUUGGGGGAGAAUGUGCAUUCAUCUUCCAGUCAGGGACAGAAGCACAAGGGAUUCACUUGGCCUUUCCAACAUUACAAUGAUCAAAAACAUAAGGCUAAUUUGAUCCCUUAUUGGCUACAGCAGAAAAAAGGUGAAUUGGCAAUUACAGUCUCCUAACCUAAACAUUAUUGGGCCACUUUUGGGAGAACUUUUUGCAGGUCUGUUUUAUUAAAGACAAUAGAGUCAAGCUGUAAUACCACACACAACCUGAGGACAUAUGUGGUGUUGUUUUUGUAAAAAUAUUAGCUCUGUUUUUCUAUUCCUGGAUAACCCAUACACAGAAGAAGGUAAUACCCUGAGACCAGAAAGAAGUCCAAGUGCACAGGGAUCCACAGUGCGAGUGGUAAAAAUUCCAAGAAAAAAUAGUUCCAUUAAGGGUACGUUCACACGUACAGGAUCUGCUGCAUAUUUUGUGCAACUGAUUUUGCAACCCAUUGAAGUAAUUGGGUAGCAAAAUCCGUUGCGAAAAAUAUGCAGUCAAAAUAUGCAGCAGAUCCUGUAAGUGUGAACGUACCCUAAAAGUAGAAAAGCAAUAAAAAAUACACCUAAACGUAAAUGGUAUGUGUAUUUUUAUUAAUGGAACUGGAAUAAAGAAUUACGUUUCAUUUACAUUUGAUAAGCACUGGACUUCUUUUCUUGCUUGAAAAAAAUAGUUUAAU